GACAAAGUAAAUCAAAACCCCAAAAUGUUAAAGAACCAGUCUUUGAAGCUGGGCAUAGGUUUUCUCUCAUAUCUAUGUCAAAUCUGAAAUCUUCAUCAUCUGUGCUUCAACAAAGCUUAAAGCAAAGCCAUGGGAGGUUCUUGAAUCCAAAGUGGGGCACAGGGCAGUGAAAGGCUUCAAUUUCUUCUGGUAAUUGAUCUGUGCUCAACAAAAAAAAUUCUUUCUUUUACCUUGUGCCAGUCUUAGAAUCUACAAAAGGUUAUGAAUUUUUGGAUCUGACUGAAAGAUUAGGGCCUUUUGUUUUGUUGAAUAUCUACACUGUAAUGCUGGUGUUAUGCUAUGAUUCUUAGAGUUAUCAGUAUCUGAAUUAUGGGUUUUUAAUCUGAUGCUGGAAAGGUUUCAUCUUUUGGGUUGGGCAGCAUGGAUUGAGAGUUUGGAAUUGGGGAUUAGGGUAAAACCAUUGAAGUGAUAUUGGGUUGUUUAGGGUUUUGACAACCAUGGAUGGUGCUGGGGAGUCUUCUGAUUCUGGGUCUGCAGUGUCUAGUGUGAAACCUAUAGGAAAUGGAUUUUCUGGUGAAGAUGAUAGGUGCCCCAAGCAAGUGUCGCCUAUUAGAGGCAGUGGGUCGAGGAAUACAAGCCCUUUGGGUUGUGUAAGGUCAAGAAACACUAGCCCUUCUAGGCAAAAGGUGGUUAAGACAAAGCCGAGAGGAUUAGAUGAGGAAACGGCUGCCACAUUUGGUAAAGCGGUUCACCCUGAUGUUCAAAUGGAGGAUAAUAUAUGGGCAAUGCUGCCUGAGGACUUGUUGAAUGAGAUAUUAGCUAGGGUUCCGCCAUUUAUGAUAUUCAGGCUCCGAUGUGUUUGUAAGAGGUGGAAUGCGAUUCUACAAGAUAAAAGCUUUAUUAAGUUCCACUCUCAAGUGCCAUCUCAUGGGCCUUGUCUUCUCACAUUUUGGAAGAAUUCUCAGACCCCGCAAUGCUCGGUGUUCAGCUUGCCUCUGAAAACAUGGUACAGAAUACCAUUCACAUUUUUACCACAGUGGGCGUUCUGGUUGGUUGGCUCAUCUGCCGGUCUAGUUUGCUUCUCGGGGCUUGAUGGCUUAGUUUUUAAAACCCUAGUGUGUAACCCUCUCACACAAACUUGGAGGACUUUGCCUAGUAUGCAUUAUAAUCAGCAAAGGCAGCUGAUAAUGGUUGUUGAUAGGAAGGAUCGCUCAUUUAAAGUUAUAGCCACUAGUGAUAUCUAUGGUGACAAAUCCUUGCCCACUGAAGUAUAUGAUUCAAAACUCAAUAGUUGGUCAAUUCACCAGAUAAUGCCCGCAGUUAAUUUAUGCUCCUCAAAGAUGGCAUAUUGUGACUCAAGAUUGUAUUUGGAAACUCUUUCUCCGCUUGGUUUGAUGAUGUAUCGGCUGGACACAGGUUACUGGGAACACAUUCCAGCUAAGUUCCCCCGGUCGUUAUUGGAUGGUUAUUUGGUUGCUGGCACCCAGAAGCGUCUGUUUCUAGUUGGAAGAAUCGGUCUUUAUAGUACUCUUCAGAGUAUGAGAAUUUGGGAACUGGAUCAUGCUAAAUUUAUAUGGGUGGAGAUCAGCAGGAUGCCGCCAAAGUACUUUCGUUCUUUGUUAAGGUUAUCAGCUGAGAGAUUUGAGUGCUCUGGACAGGAUAACUUGAUUUGCUUCACAUCUUGGAACCAAGGGAAGGGCCUUCUUUAUGACGUGGAUAAGAAGAUGUGGUCUUGGAUUGCAGGCUGUGCUCUUCAGUCAUACAACAGCCAGGUUUGUUUUUAUGAGCCAAGAUUCGAUGCUUCCAUCUACUAAAGCAGAAAGUACUGCUUUUCAGUUCUUAUUUCAAUUACUAGUCAGAAAAUGACGAGGGAACAUCAUCUCCAGCCAGCAUCUUUCUCUUGAUUCAUUCUUGGCUAAUCAUGUAAGUACCCUGGCUUUAUUGACAAUGACAAUGUGGGUGCAUUGCCGAAUACCAUUUUUGUCGAUGACAUUUCAUAGACUGCAAUUUGUGAGAUUAUAUCCUCAUUCAAGGGAUCUGUAAUGUCAAAUGAUUGAACAAGGUUGUAGUUGGAGACUGAGGCUUUAGAGACUGAACAUGGGUCAGGAGGAGUCGUGAGAAGGCCAAGUGUGUUGAGAGAUACAGCUUUCCUCAACCCUAAAAAGCUUCACACCGUGCAGGGGUACAAAUAAAAGACUAAUAAUACAUGAGGAAGAGGAUACCCCUUCCAUUGUUUACUCUGUCCAUGUGGGAGGUCGGAACCAGCAAACAAGUUCAUUCUGGUUUGUGCUCAGAUUAGUAGAUUAAUUAGUAUUAAUUCGGAUAGGUAUCGCUAGUAAUCACUUCUAAACCAACUAUCAGAUGGAGAUAAUAUUGGUACUCGGAGCCGAUUUUCACCGCUUCCACGUGUCGGUUUCUCUAUAGCUUUUAGUUAUUAUUUCACUUCCAGUUUUUCUGUGGGUGUCUAUUAGCACCAUAAACUAAUAGCUCAUCUUCAACCUAGUUUCUAGACUACUAGUGGAGAAUCCGUGAAGAGUGAAGCUAAGCCAAGAAAACGUACAGCAUCUAUAACAGUCUUGUUUGAUAGGUUCUGUGAUUUUCUGUUAGGUGCUUGGAUAACUUUUUUGUUCAGAAAUAGAAAUAAAAAUAAAUAAUUCAUCAGAAGAAUCCAACUCCUGAAAACAAAAGAUUCUUAGAUGAAGUUUUAUUGAUAAAAAAGUUGAGCAAUGACUUCAUAGUUUUAGGUCCUAGAACUUAACCUAGCUAGAAGGGUACUGAUUGGUUAGUGGUCGAGCCAAUAUCUGGUUUGCAAUGCCGGCCAUGUCGAACCGACUUGGUUAGAAAUCACGUAGUCACUCGCUGUUCUCAAGGAGAAGCCACUAGCAUAAGUUGGAGGCCACGCCCUCGUGUUCUAAAAUUUUGACAUGCUAAACCCCAACUUGUUUAUAUAUAUAUUUGCAUUGUU